AUGGCAAAGAGUAAGAAAAAGGCGAACAAAACUGCUGGCACGACCAACAAGUCUUUGGAGCCGCAGCCUACCGAAAAUGAGCCUAUUGCAGACUCAAAUGCAAUGCAGGACGGCCUGAGUGCUAAUAUCAAAGACACUUUUGAAAGUGCCUCUACUCCUCUAAAUACGGACGGAAACAAAGAAUUGAAUGAGGAAAUUGCUCGAUUGCAAGCGGAAGUUGCUGAGUUGAAGCUAAAAGCUCAAUUGCAGCCGGAAACCAAAAAUGAAGACGAAGAUUUGAGCGCCAAGCUAGCACAGGUUCAAGAAGAGAGAGACCGUUUUGAACAUCAAUACGACUCACUAUUGGAUCGGUUAUCGUCGAUGAAGGCGGUUUUCAGCAAAAUGCGAGAAUCACAGGAGGAGCUCGAAUCAUGUCAAGAUCAGCUGCGAGAAUAUGAAUCGCAAAACCUUAGUCUAAAGGAUAAGCUGGAUUCGGCACAACGACAAAGUGAAGAGCUUCGUAAUUUAACAGGCACUUUGAACCAGGAACUUUCGGGACUUGAUGAAGAGAAUGAGAAAUUAACACGCAAUUGCUCCGAAGCUGAAAACGCGAACGUGCUCCUUAAAGAAGACAUUAAACGACUUAAAAGAGAACACGAAAAUAAACAGGGACAGUUAGCUAACAAAGUACAGGAAUUGGAACUUGUCUUGAGCAAUUUUAAGCAGGACGCAGGCUCAACCAAAGAAGAACUCGAAGACACUGUUCAGCGGUUGCAAAAGACAGAGUCCGCAAAAUCCAAAAUCGAGAAAGAGCUCACCAGUUUGAAAGUGCAACUCGAAGAAGGACAAGCUGAAUAUCUCAAGAAGGACGCCACGAAGGAUAAGUUGAUUGAAGAGCUCACCAAUAAGCUGGAAGGCACGCAGUCGUCGCUCAAAGAGACACAAGAAAUACUAGAAAGCUCGAAGUCUGCGGUUGAUACGAUGGCGGCCGAUGUUUCACAAAAGGAAGCCUUACAGCAGGAAUGCAAAGAAAAGGCGCUACAGAUCGGAAAACUACGCCACGAAGCUAUCAUACUGAAUGAACAUCUAACUAAAGCUCUGGCUUUGCUGAAGAGAAGUAACGACUCAGAGAGCGUUGAUAAAGAGCUCAUUUCCAACCUCUUGAUCUCAUUUGUGGCGAUUCCUCGAGCCGAUCCCAAGAAAUUCGAAGUUUUGGAACUCAUCUCCAGUUUUUUGAACUGGGACGAUGACAAAAAGCAGCAGGCAGGUCUAAUCCUUUCGGCCAAUGGCAUUAGAUCUACGAGCAGUGGCUCGAGAACUCAAAACUUUGUCUCUUUAUGGACUGAAUUUUUAGAGAAGGAGAGCGAGAAAUAA